CUGGCCCUGGGCCGACAGGCGCUGCAUCAGCGCGCUCUCUGAGACUUCUAGGACACAGGUCAUCCAGCUGGACUGCAAAGAUGGUCAAAUACUUUUCAGUAGACUGGCUGGCCCAGAGCCACCACAGCCCCACGGGGACGCAGGACACGGAUUCAGCGCGCACGCACAGACCUCACGUCCCCUGCAUGGUGCAGCCGUUUGCGCCGGUUUAUGGUAAAGGUUACCUGCAGCCAAAAUCAAAGACAUCAAACCCCGUACAGCACGCAGAGCAAGGAGAGUUCGAGCAUCAUCCGCAUUCCAGCCUGUGUGCACCUUUGCGUCCAGUUAACUGCUCCUCGCCCAUAUCAGAAAACAGUGGCUACUCUUCCGGCUACGAGAGCGAAGCCGCGUCCUCGGAGUGUCAUUCGGUGGAAGACAGAAGCGGCGUGGACAAAGACGCGCCACCGCGUCGAGUGCGCACAAAGUUUACUCCAAAACAGAUUCUUAAACUGGAAAAGGUCUUCAGCAAACACAAAUAUUUAGACGCUGGGGAAAGAGUGAAGACAGCGCAGAAGCUGAACCUCUCAGAAACGCAGGUUCGGACUUGGUUUCAGAAUAGGAGGAUGAAGCUGAAACGGGAGGUUCAGGACCAUUUUGCUCCCCAGAUGCCGUUGUUAAACUUCCGGACCCUCCCCCAGGUUCAGUGCUACUCCGUGGACAGGCAGAGACACCAAGCGGCACCCGUUCGGGCCUUCCAUGCGCCCCCACAGGUGAUCCUCCAGCAGCAGAUGACCAGCGGUCGCGCGCCCCUCAUCCACUACCAACAUUUCUUCUGAAACACAAAGUGACUUUUGUUACCCAAACACUUAAACAGGAAAGAGUGCAAUCCAGAGUUGGAAGUCGAAGUUCUUUUUUAUUUGAUUGUGACGUUGUAUAUAUUAAAAUUAUAUUUAUGAUCAAAUAAAGUUUUAUCCUAUGCA